AUGAUUGGAUCGGGCCUAGAGACUGGCCGGAUUGGUGUUGGCGCUUGGUCCCCCCCGUUCGACGCCAUCACUCCGUUUCCAAUCCUCAUCGGCGUCUUGGAAUCUUUGCAAAAGACAAACAACACACUGCCGCCCCAACGCAACAUGUCUUCUCUCCAACGGAGCGCUGCUCUUCAAGGCCAUUUCCGGAAGUUCAUCGACGGCUCUCACAUCUUACACUUGCACCAAGUCGUCGACGCGUACGGCCACCUUUCAUUCCGCCACCCGUUCCGUCCGGACACAUUCGUCAUGUCUCUCAACAUCGCCCCGGCCCAGGUGUCCUCGCCCGAAGACCUCAUCGCGUACAAGGUCGAAGACGCGGAACCGGUCCAGGAGACCACCUUACCAGGCUUUGCAGAGAGGCGAAUCCAUUCGGAGAUCUACAAGCGGCACCCGGAAGUCAACGCCGUGGUCCACAGCCACUCGGAAGCCGUCGUCCCCUACACCAUCUCGGGCGUCCCUCUCCGAGCCGUCAGCCACAUGUGCGGAUUCCUCGGCCCCGACGGCCUUCCAGUGUUCGAUGCCGCCGACCACAUGCAAAAGGACGACCUCCCGGAUCUGUUAGUGCGCACGGAAGCCAUGGGGGCCGCGCUGGCGAAGCACUUUGACGACGGUAACAAAGUCACGUUGAUGCGCGGGCACGGGUUCACAGUCGUGGCAGACCGCAUCGAGCUGGCCGUGAUGCGCGCGGUCUACACGCAGAAGAACGCCGGCAUUCAGACCACGGCGUUGAUGCUCCAAGGAGUGACCGGGACCACAGGUGGUGGUGUAAAGGGGUUGAGCAAGGAAGAGUGCGCCGGAUCCGACCAGACCACCAGGUGGUCGAUGAUGCGGCCUUGGAACCUGUGGGUAAGAGAGGUAGAAGUCAACAAUCUGUAUGUAAAUUCUGCCUAG